UGACUGCAAAUGAACUAUGGAAGGGUGUCUUGGCAGAAAGUGGUGCCGGUGCACGAAAAGGAAGGGGCAAAAGAACUAAGAAAAAGCUCAAGAAAGAUCUCAACCGUGGACAGUCCCUUGGGGAAGGGAGAUCUGGAUUUCUUUGGCCUGGCCUGAAUACACCUAUUGUAAAAAGUGGAACCAUUCAAGGUAUUGCCAAAAGGGAUCAUGAGAAACAGGUGGAAGUGCAAGCAGAAAUGAUAAAGCAAAGAGAUGAAUGGGAGAAAAAGAGAAAGAUGAGAGUUAAAAGAGAGAGAGGUUGGACUGGAAGCUCCUGGGGCGGAGUCAGCAUUGGAGCUCCUGACCCUGGACCAAAUGGAGAAACAUAUGAAGAUUUUGAUUGCAGAGUGAUUGAGGUAAGUUUUAUAUUACAACCAGAAUGCUACAAAUGGGAUUGCAAUUUAAAUAUAGAAGUUCCUUUUCAUUCAGUUCAUUUCAUACAUCAAAUUUAUAGCGGUGGAACUGUGCU